AAAGAUGAGGUUCUUGAACCCAUAAUGUUUUCAGUGUAUGAUCCAGCUCUAAACACAGAUGUGUUUACGAGACAACAGGUUCCACUGAAAGUCAACUAUGCUGUUACUUGUCACAAAACCCAAGCUUCAACCCUCCCUAAAGUGGUGGUUCACUGUGACAAUGUUAACAUGCCAGGACAACUAGGGGUUGCCAUAGGUCGGGUAAGGAGGAAGGAAGAUGUGAAAUUGGUUAACUUUCGACCAAACUGCAUUGUCCGUCAGCCAAUGCACGUUCUAAAUUUCAUAAGAACAGUGAAAGAACAGAAUGUUGAAGACACAUUGAAACGAGACUUAACAUGCUGCACUGGAAAAAAAUGGCAGACUGCAACAACAUCACACAGUAGCUUUGCUCAUCCCCCACCCAGUGACCCACCUACAACACCCCAUAGUACCCUGCCUCCUCUCCCACACAGUGCUACACUUGCAGCCACACACAGUGACAUACAUCCAUCCUCACACAGUGUCCCACCCACAGCC